AUGCUUGGAGUCCUCUUUGCUGUGUUGACCCUGGCACCUGCAGCCUUUGGCUGUGGGGUUCCUGCCUACCCACCUCUUGUGUCCAGAGUUGUUGGAGGGGAAGAUGCAAGACCAUACAGCUGGCCCUGGCAGGCCUCCCUUCAAUACCGUUCCAAUGGCGAGUGGUAUCACACCUGUGGGGGAACCCUCAUUGCCACCAACUGGGUACUGACAGCUGCCCACUGCAUCAGUUCUUCCAGGACAUACCGAGUUUUUCUUGGAAAAUACAACCUAGCAGUUGAGGAAAAAGGAUCAAUUGCACUUUCUCCAGAAAAGAUCAUUGUUAAUGAGCACUGGAAUCCAGAGGAUAUUGCAAAUGGGUACGACAUUGCUCUGAUCAAACUCUCUGAGCACGUCACCUUAAGUGAUCAGAUCGAGCUGGCCUGCCUGCCCCCUGCCCAGAGCAUCCUGCCCUCCAACACUGCCUGCUACGUCACUGGCUGGGGGAGACUGCAGACAAAUGGACCCCUGCCCGAUGACCUGCAGCAAGGCCUUCUGCUGGUGGUGGAUUAUGCAACCUGCUCUGAACCUUCCUGGUGGGGAGACAUAGUGAAACCCACCAUGGUUUGUGCUGGUGGGGAUGGAAUCACCUCCAGCUGUAACGGGGACUCUGGGGGCCCCUUGAACUGCCAAGGGGCUGAUGGCAGGUGGGAAGUGCAUGGCAUCGUCAGCUUUGGCUCUUCCCUUGGCUGCAACUACUUCCAGAAGCCCUCAGUGUUCACUCGUGUCUCUGCCUACAACAGCUGGAUCGAGCAGAUGUGCAGGGGGUGGGCAGAAGGAAGAGCCAGAGCAUCACAGAACAUCCCUGGGGGCUCAGAGGAGGGCUCAGAGACUCAGGGCUGCGGGCAGGAGCAGGACCCUGCCGGAGGCAGCGAUGCCCAGAGGGAAGGCAGAGGAGCCAGCAGAUCCCUGCAGCACAUAGUAGAUGUUUCCAGAAGUAAAAGGAAUUAUUAUAAACGGAGGGCAAGUGAGCCAAAGGAAGAAAGGCACAGCUGGCUGUUCCCAGCAGCAGGCACAAGGAACAGAUCAUUCCAGUCUCAGCUCUUGGGGAAUUUAAACUCCCUCUGCACAGCAAGUGAAGCAGAACUGUACUGUGAGAAUUGCCAGUGCAAGGAGGAGAAAAUCUCCAUUUGUAGAUUUUACAUGAGUGACUUGAGACACGAAUUGAAUAUCUCAGGGGUCACUGAAGCCAGGCAGGUGCUGUCCAGGGUGAUCUCUGAACUGCUUGAGCGUUUCAGGAGUCCCCAUGAGGACCUCAAAGCCAUGAGACACAAUCCUGACUGGGCAGACACCGUAGCUUUUAAACUCAUCCUCCAAAUCAGAGAAGCUGUGCUCAAAGCUCAGCCAGAACCUGUGAGCCUUCAAACUGCAUUGCAUCAACAUUUUGCCACUCUGAGCUAUGCUCUCCUCUCCUCAGAGACUGCCCAUAAGUGCUGGACAGAUAAUGUCAAUCUGUCACUUUAUUUCACCCCCUAUGAAGGAAUCUCUUUCCUUACCCCAUUCCUGGGCUUGGGUGAUUUUGUGUCCCUGGAGGCCACGCUAAGGGGACUGCACUAUGCACAGAGCUGUCUGCUGCAGGAGGGACAGGAAAAGCUGAGCAAGAAAUCCAAGGAAAUCCUGUGUGCAAUAAGCCUGAAGAUCAGCCUGUUGAUGGUGGCCUGUCUCAUUUAUCCCAUUGUACUGAUGUCCUUCAAGCAAAUGAUAGAUUGGAUACACAGUUAUGCCAGGAACCUCAAGGAAAAGACAGAGGACUUGAAGAGGGAGAGGCGCCUAGCUGAGGACCUCUUGCACCAGAUGCUGCCAAAGUCUGUGGCCAAGCAGCUAAGGAGAUGCCAAAAAGUUGAGGCAGAAAACUAUGAUCAGGUGACUAUCUUUUUCUCUGACAUCGUGGGCUUCACAAGCAUUGCUGCCUCCUGUACUCCCCUGCAAGUGGUUGAGAUGCUCAACAAUCUGUACAUCUGCUUUGACACCAGGAUUGAGUCUUACGAUGUGUACAAGGUGGAGACCAUUGGGGAUGCCUACAUGGUGGUGAGUGGCCUGCCAGAGAGGAAUGGCACCAAACACGCCGAUGAGAUUGCCAAAAUGUCCCUGGAUCUGGUGGCAGCGGUGCGGCAGGUGGUGAUCCCUCACAUGCCAGCAGGCAGGCUGCAGCUGCGGGCUGGGAUACACACAGGACCCUGUGUAGCUGGAGUUGUGGGGUACAAAAUGCCUCGUUACUGCCUCUUUGGGGACACUGUAAACACAGCUUCCCGCAUGGAAUCCACCAGCCUGCCACAGAAGAUCCACAUCAGCUCUGCUACAUAUGAAGCCCUUCUCACUGAUGAUGCAUAUGAAAUUGAACUGAGAGGAGAAAUUGAAGUCAAGGGCAAAGGGAAAAUGAAAACCUACUGGCUUCUUGGAAACAAGAAUUACAGUGUUCAAAAUGACAGCCUGGUGUGUCACUGGAAUCCAGCAAUCUCCAAGAAAAGAAAGAUGGAAAGUAGCCAGGGAUCUGUCCAACAAGCUGGGCUGGGAGCAGCUGCACGGAGCCCUGCCUUGUCCUGGGAUGGGCUGAGCCCGGAUAUUCACACUCAGAGGGGUUCCAGACCAGACUGGAGCCCCCAGAGUGUCACCCCUGGAGUGAGCCCAAAGCAGAAGAAUGGCUUUCACCACAGCUCCCAGCACAGCCUCCAGGAGAACCUCCCUUCUCCAGGCUCACCUGCUUUGGGGGAGGGUGACAAAGGUGCCAAUUCAGAAUGCAGGUCACAUGGUACCAAAACAUCUUGGAAAAAUGAGCUUCUUCCAGGUUUUGUGGAUGAGGUGUGA